CCGACUGUGGAGGGCAGCGUUAUAUAUCACAACGCACAGCCUGCCGUGAACUCUUUCGAGGAAGAAGAAAGAAGAGGAGAGAGUUUAACUUUACAGUUUUUUUACAACUCAAAUCUUGUUACUGUUGUGAAUUUUCGUCUCACGGCGAUAAAGGCCUGCUUAAUUAGCCAGACGGUGUGCGGUUAUCAAACAAUACAUAAGGACAGCAGCACUGAGAGGUCGGAAUGAUCUGGAGCAGUGAGAGGUUGUGGCGGCCUCAUCAGUAGCUGUCACCACGGCGGGGGACCAUAGGACCUCCGUCUGCAGGGUGGUCAUCUUCCUCCAAAGGGACAUGUCCGGGGACAGCUGCCUGCCCCAGCAUCACACCCAGUCUCUCUCAACCUCCUCAGUCCCUCCUCUGACCUGUCCCAAGACCAAGACCUGCAGUUAUCGAGGAGCGGUGGGCCUCGGCAACAAGUAUGUCCGCAUCAAUGUUGGCGGGACCCUGUUUUACACCACACUGCAAGUGCUGACCAAGCAGAACUCCAUGCUGAAAGCUAUGUUCAGUGGAAAGAAGGAAGUGUUCACUGAUAAAGAAGGUUGGAUCCUGAUUGACCGUAGUGGGAAACACUUUGGCAGCAUCCUGUGCUACCUACGUGACAGCACAGUCACCUUACCCAAAGGGCGUCAGGCUGUCCAGGAGCUGAUGGCUGAGGCAAAAUAUUACCUUGUUCAGGGCCUAGUGGAGCUUUGUCAAAACACCCUGCAGGACAGUAAAGAGCAACCCCUGUGUGUUAUACCUGUGGUCACCUCCAGUAAGGAAGAGGAGAGGCUCAUCCAGUCCUCUACCAAGCCUGUGGUGAAGCUGGUGUACAACAGAAGCAAUAACAAGUACUCUUACACCAGUAACUCGGACGACAACCUGUUGAAGAACAUUGAGUUGUUCGAUAGGCUGUCUCUCAGCUUCAACGGCCGCGUCCUCUUUAUCAAAGACGUGAUCGGAGAUGAGAUCUGCUGCUGGUCUUUUUACGGUCAAGGUCGCAAGCUGGCGGAGGUCUGCUGCACCUCCAUCGUCUACGCCACGGAGAAGAAGCAGACCAAGGUGGAGUUUCCUGAAGCUCGCAUCUACGAGGAGACUCUGAACACCUUGCUUUACGAGACAAUGCCGCUGCCUGACAACUCCUUGCUGGAGGCCACGCGUCGGAGCUACAGCAACUGCGGAUCUCACAGUGAGGAAGAGGAGGGGCCCGGAGGAGCUGAGCUUCGCGAGCGUGUCCGUCGAAUCCACGUCAAGAGGUACAGCACGUACGACGACCGGCCACUGGGACAGUGAGACUCAAACCACAGACCGCUGGACAGAUUUCAGCUUUUCACGUUGAUGAUGAACAUUCAAACAUGAAAUCUGUUAAUACGUUUCUCUUUUGAAUAGUUUUAUUAUCUUCUUUACCACUAAAAGAAGUCCAAACUGUGGCCUUGAUGUAAUUGCAUCUGACUUUUUACUCUAGAUAGUUGCGUUGUUGUCUGCUCUGUCCAUCAUAAUUUAUGAAUUAUUACCAGAGGAUUCUGAGCAACUACUUUAAAACAAACUAGAGAACUGUAGGGUUUUUUCUUUUUUUUUUUUUUACUAAAUGUAGAUUAGUAGUGGAGGAAUAUCACAGAUAUGCACUAUUUCUUAGUAGAAAUAUUGUACCAAUCAUAGCACUUAGACUCUGAAUCAGCAGCAGAGCAUGUUUAAUAUUUAUAGAUUGUAUUUUUAAUAUACACAUUUACAACAGCCUGUUGUUUUCCAAAGAUGAAUGUGUUUUAGAUUUUUCCAGAAUUAGUGUGCCUUAACAUGUUUUAAUGCAGUUUACCAUAAUGCCUUUUUCCAGCUGUGAAGAUAAAAAUUCUUGUUAUUCAACUA